UUUCGAACCUAAACAAAGCUAAUAAUAACCUCACUAAUUUCAAUCACAACAAUCAAAAAUGCAACUCCGACUAAAAAUCUAUCCGAAAUCAAUUCCGGACGCCUUAGUGACCGCAUUUUUGUUCACAAUAAUCCCGAUCAUCUACUACUUCGAACUCUGGAUAGUACUGCCAAAGUUCCACAAGCCCUGGCAUCUGUCAUACAUUUUCCACUUUUGCACUGGAAAUUUUAUCCUUUUCAAUUUGUGCUCAAAUUUGAUGGCAAUUAUGUUAAUUGAUACUAGUAUAAGUGGUAAGAUCUUGCCAUCGGAAGGUGGUAAAAAUUGGAGAUUUUGUUCGGUCUGCGAAACUAUGGCCCCCCCGAGGUCAUGGCACUGCCCCACUUGCGAUGUUUGCAUCCUCAAGCGAGACCAUCAUUGUCUAUUCACCAGUUGCUGCAUUGGACAUUAUAAUCAUAGAUAUUUUUUAGUGUUUUUGUUGUACAUUUUUCUAGCUACAAUGUACUCUAGUUAUUUCAAUGUACAAUUCAUUUGGACUUUUAUAAAACUAGACUCUUGGAUCUCGUUUGUUAAAAUAGUAUUUCCUUUAGCUGUAUUGUUUAUGGAAUGGACAGAAAAUCAAGCUUAUGUGUCCUUUAUGAUUAUUGUAUUGUUAGGGGGUGCUUUUACAGGGACCUUGUUGUGCUAUCAUAUAAAUUUGAUUUUUAAAGGAUUGGUAACACAUGAAAGAAAUCACAAAUUGAGUGCUUAUGAUUAUGGCAUAAUUGGGAAUUUGAAAAUAGUCUUGGGCGAUAAAUGGUACUUUGUAUGGCUCAGCCCUUUUAUAGAAAGCAAGUUGCCUUGUGAUGGAAUUGAUUGGCAUAUGAGAGAUAGUAUCAAGGGCAAAUAAUAAUAAUGUGAUAUUUUUAAUUCAUAUCAAUGUUACAAUAAUUUUACUGUGCAAUGUGCAAAAAUAAUUAUUGUAUUUUAAUUAUAAAUUGUAUUAUUUAACUGUGUAGAUGAAAAAGGUACUGAAGACUGAAAUAGUGGAAGAGGUAGUUUGUUGUUAUGUGGUUAGAUGGCGCCAGUUUAGUGGAGAAGUUAUUUCUCUUUCAAAUUAAGCUUUAUGUUAAUUUAUCCAAUAAUAAUUAUAAAACCAUGCUAAGAGUUAGUUAAUUAUUUAAUUUUUAUUUAUAUUUAUUAUUCUACAAUGAAAAUUAUUUUAUAAUAAUUCUCAUCUUGUGCAUGUCUCAAUCCAAGUAGGCUUUGUAAAUCUCCAAACUGGCGGCCAUCUUAUCUACAAUUUCAAUAUGGUGUUUCUCCUAGGUUUUUUUCAAAACUUUCUAGUUUUUCGGGCGAUUUCAUUGCGGAAAAGUGUUCCUCGGGGUGUUAAGUGUUUUGAUUGGCACACUAGGCACAAAGCAAUUAGAAAAUAUUACGUGUUUUUUGGACUUUGUGGGCUGCUCGGCUACUUGGGUCAUGUAAAUCGCAAGGUAGGCCUUUUUUGAUACCAAUUUAUUCGAUAAUAUGAGCUCUGUAUAAAACUACACUUAUUUUUAACUGAAAUAAAACCUUUUAAUCAAAAAAAAAAGAAAAAUCUUGAUAAUUUAAUUCACAUAGAACAACUAGCGCCAUCUAUUAUUAUAUCGUCAAACUAAUGAAUUUUGAAAAUGGCCGGUAAUUUUUGUUUGUUUACAUAUUUCAACAUAACCUUACAAAAGUUUAUUAUUAUUUCUUUAUUUAUUAAUAAUGUCCAAAAACGUUUUGUUUCAAUGCAACAAAAGAACCCCCAUAAAUUUAUUAAGUACCCAAAAUCCUUCCCCAUUAAAUUCCCAUAAAAUCGGCGAACAUUUUUACAACAACAUUGAAAUUACCGAAGACAAUAAAGUUAUAGUGCGUUUGAUGCGUUCAAGAUGGUUUUGUAUUCAAGAUGCAGUCUUAAACAACUUGAAUAUACCUUUGGAAGAUUUGCAAUCUUCUAGGGAGUUUAUUAACGAAGCCUUUGCCGCUAUUGUUUAUAACAAGCUAAGUUUGCAAACAUUGAAAACUUUUACCUCGACAAUUGUUCCAAUCGAACAGCUAAGUGAUAUUAUUUUAAGAAAACUCAUAUUUUCAACCCAAGAAUUAUCCCCGUACUACAUUUAUUUGCACACUCUUUUGGAAAUCAAUUACUACAUAACACUUUUAUCACCUGAUGAAAAACAGCUAGAAUAUUUAUUCAAAAACAUAUUGCCCUUGUACAAAGCAACUUGUAAUUGCAUGCAACAUUUCUGGCUAUCGAUUCAACUCCUAAUUGAAAAAUCAGACACUGAAAAAUUUUGGAAAAUAUUCAAUCAAACACUAGCAAAUGAAGACCCAUUCAUUGCCCUCAGCCACCUAAAGGAACUGGCAACCAUUCAAAAAUUCCAAGAUGUUGGACCAAAAUCCAACCGAAUACAACCAAAUUAUGAUUUUCUAGAAUUAAAAUUCAAACAACUCCUUAAUGGAGCCACUAGUGAUCAACUAACAACAAGCUUCAAACUAAUAGAGCCUCUAGUUUGCGAAUUAUGGCUAAAAGAAGGCAAACUAGACUUGUAUCAAACGGUUUGGGAUUUUUACAGCAAACGCCUCAAUGUGUCCAAUAAAAAUUGCCAAAACUUAACUGCCUUAGGUUUUAUUGAAACCCUGGAUACAAUCACAUAUAACCCCAAAGAUUGUUUGGAGGAUUUUGAAAUAUUUGUAGGGCUUUUGGUGUUUCAUUUAAAAGAAUUUCCAAUACACUGGGGUAAAAUGAAAGGCAGGAUUUAUUCACAAUUGGGGCCUAAUAAAGUUAAAGAUUUGACUGAGAUUGGGAUAAGGCAUGUGAUGGUGUUGUUUCUGGCUUUGAGCAGUAUUCAGUUUGAAGAUGUUGAGAAGAAGAUGUUGGGGUUUUUGGAUGGUUUGCCAAAGGAGAAGAAGAUGAGCGGGUUGAUUUGGAAUAUGUACGCUGCUGUGAUUUUAAAAUACGUCCGAGAAGAUCACUCGGUUGAAAAACCGGCCCGCGCCAUGCUCCCUCUCCUCCACGAAGCUUCCACCAACCAAAAACAAUUUCACCUGAUCAAAGACUUCGUCGUCAACCUGGAAUCCAUAAUCACCAACAGCUCCAACAUGCGAUUGCACCAAUGGCAACUAUUCGGAGUUUGGCUGGGCAAAUACCAGUCCACUUGCUACCAUCCAGAUUUGAUUCACUCCUUGAAAGUGAUCCAGUUGUUACUGGACAAGUGCAGCGAUCCAGACUCGUGGCCUUGCUGGGAAUGGUUUUUCAAGGACAUUGUUUUUGGGAAUUUGAAGCAAUUAGCUUUAAAACCAAACGCUCCAGCGAUUAUAGGCAAACUAGCUGCACAGCUUACAUUAAGCUAUAGUAAUUCAGCUAAUAAGGCUUUUGAGUUUUUCAAUGAUGAAGCAAUUUCGCCAAGUUUGUCUUCAAUGUUUUUAAAAGUCAUUUUGGAUAGUUAUCCGGAUAAGCUUAUUUUGACUUCCCAGCAAGAGAGGAUUAUAAUGCAAAGCUGGAUUAGGUUGUGUUUUUUGAAUGUGGACGCUCAAAUUGAAUUAACUUUGAGUGUUAUUAGGCUAGAUAUUUUUCCAAGGGGUUUGAAAAGCUGCCUUGAAUCCACAAACAAAGAGCCUAUAGAAGCUUUCAUUGAAUAUUUAAAUGAAAGUUUCUGCCAAGCAAUUUCUAUGCAAGGCAAAAACGAUGCAAUUGAUUUAUGUAAUUUGGCUUUUGGAAACCUAAGUACUCUAGGCAAAUUCUUAUUAGUUGCACCAAAUGAGCAAAUUGUAUUGAAAAUUUACAAAUAUUGCUCUUUAUUGUUUAUAAAUUGUGGCAAAUUAAUUUACAAUCCGCAUAAGGCUGAUAAUUUAUUAACCAAAUUAAUUGACGUGCUUUUUUUGCCUAUGGAUUUUUCUUUGGGCAAAAGGGCUUUGCACAGUUACGUCCUCAAUGCAAUUAAAUUUUAUUUUACUACAUUUUUCCAAGCCUUAAUAAACUUGAGCAAACCAAAUAAAGAUCCUUAUUUGGAACGCAUUUUAAAGGCUUUAAUUAUCAAUUAUUUGCCUCAAUUUCCCAUUUUGAAUUCGCCUAUAGUUCAAGCAUUGGAUGAUUCGUAUAUGGCCCCAAUUGUCUUGGAAAAAAUUUGUUUGGGCUUUUUCAAGCCUCCAAUGAAAGAGUCUGAUACACCGAAUUUACUUAAGGCUUUGAAAAUUGUUUCAGAUGUAGCCAACAGCACAACAUCCCUAGAAUUAUUCAAAAAUUUAAUAAAUACAACUUUGUUUGGUUUAUUUGAGGUAGUGAUUUUUCAUUCUCAAAGAAGCAGCGCUAUUGGUGUAAUCAAGCAAAUCACCAAUUCGCCUUUAUUUCGCCAAGUGGGCCCUGAGUUUAGGCAACUAGUUUCAGAAGUGACUGCGAAACAUAUUGGUUUUAAUACGAUUAAUUAUUUUCAAUUGAUGAUGUGUUUGGGUAGGUUUGUUCCGAGCGAGAUUAGGGCUGUUUUGGGGGACGUUAAAAGUCAAAUGGUGAAAGUCGAACGGCUCAGGGGAGUCGGGUACGAUCAGACUCUGAGAGUGCAGCUGGACAAGUUGGAAAAAUCGUUGCAGUGAUUUAUGUCCUGAAAUAAGGAGAGUUGAUUGAGGAGGAGGAAGUUUUCAAGCUAUUUACAGUUUUUUAUGCUUUAUUUAUCCAAUUAAUUAUUAUUUGUUUUAUUUAGAUUUUGUAUUAAAUUUUUUUACUUUUUUUUUUUGGUUAUUUUAUUUUUUCCAAGUUAUUUUUUUUUUUCGGAGAAAUUAAUGGAGAGAGAAAUUGAAGCAAAAUUCUAGAGAAAUUGAUUGAUAAGUAGGAAUACGAGUAUUUGGAAAGAAAAUGAGACGCGUGAAAAAAAGUUAGUUUCACGAGAGUUUGUACUUACGUCAUCAUUUGCCUUUUUUUUUGAAAAAAUAGGUUUUUUUAUAUAUGCCUGUAAUUUCAAACAAACAUAUAGUUCGUUGCACGGUACGAAGGUUUUUGCUUACGUCAUUAAUGACGUUAUAACUUAG